CCCCAGUGCGAGUCGGUGAAUCUGUCCUGAGAGAAAUCAGUGCGCGGCUCAUGGCUUUGUAUUAUGGAUGCAGUGCUGGUUAUAUUCACACACUUUUGCACUUAUUUAUUAAAGUCAGCGAGCAGUUUUAAGCAGCAGGAAUGGAUUAUGGACGCAAGAGAAAGCUGACAUUUAUUACAAUCGGGCUGAUUUUCCUGCUGAGUGGAGUGGAAUAUGCGGUGAUUUUACCUACGAUCUGGCGUUUCCUGCAGACGCUGGACGCUGCUCCAUAUUUUCUGGGUCUCAGUCUGUCAGCGUUCAGCUUCAGUGGCCUGCUGUCAGGGCCAUUAUUCGGCUUCUGGUCCGACAGAACACACGGCACCAAGAAGAUCAUCAUGUUCGCCAACUGUUUUGAAAUCAUUGGUAAUUUUAUGUAUUUUAUAGGAUUUUCCAAAUGGCUGCUGCUGAGCAGUCGUUUUGUUGCAGGAAUCGGGACAGGAGCUGGUUCGUGUAUUUUUGGUUUCUUGACAAGAAUCACGGCCCCUGAAGACCGGGCCACUGUGUUCGCUGCUGUCAUGGCCUGCAGACAGGCUGGCCUUCUGAUUGGUCCUGCGUUCAACAUUUUUCUCCGACUGUGUGACUUCCAGCUUGGACCAUUCGUGGUGAAUAAAUACACCGCUCCCGGGAUCUUUAUGUGCCUGUUGUGGCUGCUGCUGCAGCUUGUUGUUUUGCUGAUGUACUGGGAUCUCAGAGGAAGGAACGAGGGAUCAGAAGAAGACAAGCAGGAAGAGGAAGAGAGGCUGUUGGUUCAACCAACUGAAUCAUAUGGAACACUCCAUGACUCACUUGUAACAGACCAGACCACCGCUAAUGGCAGCUUGACUCCACCUUCACCACCUUUAGAACAGAUCCACUCCAACCCUUUCAAACACUUCAGUGCUGCACGAGAGUUUCUGAGAGAGGAGGUGGUGGUGCUGCUUACAGCUCAGUUCAUCACAUUGUUCAACCAGACAGCACUGGAGACAAUGGUGACUCCACUGACACAGCAGUACUUUAAUUUCGGGGAAUUGGAGAACAGUGUGAUGUACUGUGUGUGUGGAGUGGAGGUGAUUGCUGGCUUCGUCUUCGUCCGCUGGAUCAGCAGGAAGGUGGAGGAGAGGGUGGUCCUGUCCAUCGGCCUCUUCCUCGCCAACAUUUCCUGCGUCUGGUGUAUCAUCUUCCUCGCUAACCCUCAGGGUGGGUUCUCGUGGCAGUUAAUGGAGUUCAUCGUUGGCGUUUUCCUGCAGGUUCUGGGUCUGCCCUUUAUUGCCGUUGCUCAGGUGUCCCUCUUCUCCAAAGUGACUGCUGAGAAAACACAAGGUUUCAGUCAGGGAAUUCGGCGCUCUGUCGGAGGUUUGGCCACUAUUCUGGGUCCGUUAUGGGCUGGAAGUUUAACCUUUAAUCUUUACGUGAUGCUGGGAGUGAUGAUGGGCUUACUGGCACUGCUUACUAUUAUGAUGGCCUUCUCAUACAAGCGGCUCGUCGAGCGCACUACAGUGGAGCACACUGAGGAAUGAGACGUGACCCAAACAGGAUGGUGUUUAACACACUGUGUUUGUAAAGCGAGUGUGUAUUUCCUCUACAGACUGCAGUAAAGGGGAUGUGGAAUGAACGAGGUGUACAGCAUGCAGUGACCAAAAUAUUUAUUAUUUGUAUCAUUUAAAUGCUACACUGAAAUCCAAAGCAAUCAUUUUUAUUUUUUUUAUUUUUAUUUUUUAAUGAUGAACACACACACAGCACACACUGAUACACUCGCAGUGUCCAGGCUUAUUAUAUAAAGACUUUUGCAAAUCUGUUAUAACAGAAUUUUAUAAACGUUUCCAGUUCAGACUUUACAAGCUGGUUCUCUGGAGCCGACAUUUGACCUCACCAAUGUAGUUUUCUGAAGAUCACCACUUGGCCCCAUCCCCAAUGCUAACCUGUCACCUGACCUCACCCUCUCUUAAGAUAUCCACCUUUACUUGUCUGCUUUUAGCUCUCUUCAGCCAUCUACUUUGCCCUGCCCUCUUAGUUCUCUGCAUCUCGGCAUCCACCUACUGCUACCCAUAUCCCUCUGGAUCAAGGGAGGACAGGGGUGUGACACUUUUGACAUUAACAUUGUUCUUUCCAAGACCAGCAUAAAUUCAAACGUCUCUGUCUGCGGUGUCUAAGGUUCGUGUGCCUUUCUGCUUCAAAUCACUUCCUACUUCUCUUCACUUUCUACUCCAACAUAUUCCUGAUCCACGAACAUGUUGCUUGCACCAGUCUCUCUUCUCCUCUCUUCCUCAUUACCCUUCUCUCUCUUUCCUUUCCAUUUGCGAAUGCAGUUUUCUUUGACAGACUUUUUUAACGGGCUGUUAUAAUGUUCUACAGCCACUACAGAGCCUCACAUUUUAUAUAUUUAUAUUAAAAGUAUAUCAUGAUGGAGGGUUUUUGCGGAGAAGAAAGAGCAGCCAGAAAUGCGAUGCCAUCAAGCGGACUGGCCAGUCACAGUUGUUGUUGUCGUCUGCGUCGGCACGAUGUGUACGUAGUUACAUUACUGGAGAGGUGCAAGUCAGGAUACGGUGUAAGGUACGGUGUAGAUUCGAUGCAGAAGUAUAAAUUUUGUAGCCUUUUUUUUUUUUUUAAGCCUUUGUCACAUGUACACAAGCACAGUGAAAUUCCUCUCUGCGUUUAACCCAUCUGAAGUAAUGAACACACACCCAGAGCAGUGGGCAGCAAUGCUACAGUGCCCAUGGAGCAGUUAGGGGUUAGGUGCCUUGCUCAAGGGCACUUCAGCCAUGAUACAGAGGGAGGGGAAAAUGUUAUGAAAGUGCUGUUCAUUCUCACAUUUUUCUUGCCAGUCCUGGGAAUUGAACCAACGACCUUUCAGGCCAUGGCUGCCCCCAUGCCCUGCAGAUUAGAGAUAUUCGUUGGCCUUUAGCUCUGUCUUGCUCUGUUCUCUUAGCACUUUAACCAUCUCUUGGCUUUAGCUCUUCGGAGUCAUCCUCCUGGCCAUGCCCACUCUUCUCUCUAUCUAGUUAUUCACCUGAUCUGUAAAUGAUGAUUUAUAACCACACCCGGAUUUUACACAACAUAAAUCAGGAUUUAUAGCUGUAAGAUGAGGGGCUUGUGAAACUUGGGUUCCAAUCAUGGGUGUGAAUUGAUUUUUUUUUUUUUUACAAUUCUGAUGGAUUAUUGAUGUACAUUUAUUAUUGUUGUUGUUGUUAUUAUUAUUAUUUGUUAUUAUUAUUAUUAUUAUUAUUAUUAUUAUUGUAUUUAAAUGUUAUUGCACUAUGUAGGGAUAUACGAUAUACCUAUAAUACAUGACAAAAUAUCCUAAAACAAACUACAAAGGCAGAAUGUUUGGGUCCGAGGUACUUCUUUUCAGUGAUGUCAGAAACCUAACAAAUAAAAACCACACUACAUUUUAGUAACUUUAGAACAAAUGAUUAAAACCUGUUAUAAACAUGAACUAAUUUCACCUCCUUUAGUUUCUGUCCCAAAUAUAACUUUGCUACACAGUAACUCUAUGCAAUGUGAAAAUGUGUUAUCUUAUUUUAAGUGACAAUACUGAAAUUUAUUAUUAAAAUAUGAUCUGUCAAACACCUCUUUUUCUUUUGUUUAUAAAGAUAACGGAGUUUGGGAUGACAGAUAAUGUUGUGCUGCAUGUAGUGUUAUUAAUGAGAGCGUAAUGGUUGUGACAUCUGACAGAGCGAGCACUCGCGUAGUACGAGAAAAGCACAGCCCUCGGAUCCGCAACUAGAGAUGCAUCAUUAAAUAUUUCAUUUCAGAAAUCAUCCAAGCGUAUAAAUAGCAGCAGUUACAGUUUCAUUUCAUUUUUAUUUGUCUGUGGUUUUG